AUGGCAACUAUAGCCUCGGCUACAACAGCCAUUGAGCAUAACCAAGUUCUUUUCAAGAAAAUCAAAAGAGCAUUUGAGGCAUUUGAUUUACAAAACAACCAAUCGUGCGAUGUCCGAGAAAUAGGCACAAUUAUUCGCUCGCUCAAUGUAUACCCAUCAGAGUCGCAGCUUCAAGGAUGGAUUAAAGAGAUGCAAGAAACUGAAAGCAGUGAUUCGAUUUCGUUCAGCACGUUUUCCAGGGUGGUUAUGAAGAUACUCAAUUCCAGCAUCUGUGUUCGAGAUGAUGACGAAAAGCUGUAUCGAGCAUUUCAAGUAUUGGAUACAGAGAAACGCGGGUUUCUUAUGCCAGACGAGCUUCGAAGUUUGCUAACUCAACAAGGAGAGGUGUUUUCGCACGAAGAAGUUGAAGAAAUGUUAACAGCUUGCACAGAUCCAGUAGAGAACAAAGUUUAUUAUGAAGACUAUGUUGCAACAUUUUAA